AUGAAGGGCUUUACACAGCUUCUCCCACUGUUUGCUUCCCUGGCCUUGGCCUCGCCCAUCGACCUGACCAAGUCUGGAUUGCACAAGCUGUUCAUCCGCCAGGACAUCCAGACUCCUAUCAACGCUUCUCUACCAAAUGUCACUAUCUUCGCAACAGGAGGCACAAUAGCCUCGCAAGGCUCCAGCAACACCCAAACAACCGGCUACUCAGUUGGCCUCGGUGUCCAGCAACUGGUCGACGCUGUGCCCGAACUCCUCAACAUCUCUAACAUCGCCGGUUACCAAAUAUCCAAUGUUGGAUCUGGCAGUAUCAACGAGACGAUUAGCUUGAAGUUGGCACACAUGAUCAACGAAGAGCUGGCGAAGCCCGAAAUCUCUGGUGUUGUGAUCACCCACGGCACUGACACACUUGAAGAAACAGCAUUCUUCCUUGAAUCCACCGUGAACUCCAGCAAGCCUGUCGUGUGCGUCGGCGCCAUGCGUCCCGCGACAGCUCUAUCCGCCGAUGGACCCCUCAACUUAUAUCAAGCCGUAGUCCUCGCCGGAUCCCCCGCCGGUCGUGACCGAGGCACCAUGAUCGUGCUCAACGACCGCAUCGGCUCAGCAUUCUACACCACCAAGAACAACGCCAACAGCCUCGAUACCUUCUUCAGCACCGAGGCCGGCCAGCUUGGCACCUUUGUCAAUCAAGUUCCCUACUUCUUCUUCGCGCCCUCCGAGCCAGUAGGUCGCAUUGUGUUCGACGUUUCGAACGUCACCGACCUGGCUCAAGUGGACAUUCUGUACGCACAUCAAGACAUGGAUCCCGCGCUGUUCAACGCAUCCGUUGCGUCUGGCGCACAAGGUCUCGUGUACGCCGGCGUAGGAGCUGGCGGCAUGUCCGACAAAGCCAAUCUUGCAGCCGAGGAACUGUUCAACGCGACGAGCAUCCCGAUCGUUGCAUCGCACCGAUCAACCGACGGCAUGGUCCCGCCUAGCAGUCCUGGCGAUUUCAUCAUCUCGAGCGGGUUUUACAACCCCCAGAAGGCACGGGUCUUGUUGCAAUUGGCCAUCACGCAAGGGUGGGGUAAUGGAGAGAUUGCAGAGGCAUUUGCGAAGAGUCUUCCCACCCCAUGA